GGUUUCAAGACUAUUUUUCUUUAAAAAAAUGGACUGUUUCGACUUGAACAUGUUGCCAGAGAGCUGUGUUGCUGUAAUUCUGUCCCUCACCUCUCCCCCAGAUGCUUGCAAAUCUUCGUUGGUAUCAACUGCUUUUCAUUCAGCAGCAAAAUCUGAUUUGGUUUGGGAGAGGUUCUUGCCAUCUGAUUAUCAUGAAAUUGUCUCCAAGGCUGGUAAUACCUUCAUGUUUUCUUCAAAGAAAGAGCUUUAUCUCCUCCUCUGCAAUCCUGUUCUUAUAGCUGACGGCAAAAUGAGCUUCAAAUUAGAGAGAUCAACUGGAAGAAAAUCUUACAUUUUAUCAGCAAGGAAGCUUUCUAUAACCUGGAGCAAUUAUCCAAUGUUUUGGGUUUGGAAACCCAUCCCUGAAUCAAGAUUCUCAGAGGUAGCUGAACUGAGAACUAUCAGCUGGUUGGAAAUUCAUGGCAAGAUCAGAACCAAAAUGCUUUCUCCAAACACAAAAUAUGGAGCUUAUCUUUUACUGAAAAUCGCUGACCGUGCAUAUGGGCUUGAUUUAAUACCAUCAGAAACAUCUGUUGAAAUUGGCAAUCAAGCAUUCAAAAACACAGCUUAUCUGCGUAGACAAGACAACAAGAAACAGAGAAUGGAAAACUUGUUUUAUUCAAACAGGAAGCAGAUGCUGAAAUCAAGGGUUAUUGAAGGAGAUGAUCGGGUUCUGAGCAAAAGAGAAGAUGGUUGGAUGGAGAUUGAGCUCGGGGAAUUCUUCAAUGGUGAAAAUGAUGAAGAACUGAAAAUGAGUUUGAUGGAAAUCAAGGGUCAUCAGCUUAAAGGAGGGCUUAUAAUUGAAGGCAUUGAAGUCAGGCCCAAAGCUUAGUCCAGGAACAAGAUAGAUAUUUUCCCAUUAUUUAAAGGGUCUUGUCAGGGUGGGGACAUGAGUUUUUUUCUUUGAUGGAUAGAGCUACAAAAAGAUAUUCGGAAAGUACUGUUGUUCUUUUCCCAUGACAAAAAGAGUUAAAUUGAAGAACAAAUGCCUGUAUGUACAGCUAAAAUCAAUAAGAGGACAUCACUCGUUUAUUUCUUUGAUUCUAA